AUGGGCAUCCUCCUUGAGGCUGAUUACAAAGGAGUAGUGCAAGGCAAAGAGCCUCUUUUCAGUGGUUUACAGAAGGUAUUCAGUUCCGCAAAGCUAGGCAGCCAAAAUCCCUUACAAAGGCGAGAGAGUGAGGCACUUGAGGCCAAGGAAAAGAACAGGCAAUUGACCUAUGAGAUCAUGAACAGGGAUUCCGCCAUUGCACUUGCACAAGAGUCCUCCAAUGAGCAUGUUCCAACAUUUGUAUAUAUCUCAGCGGCCUCUGGAGCCCCUAUCCUCCCAAGCAGAUAUAUCACAACUAAGAGGGAGGCGGAGACAGCCAUAUCAUCCAACCUUCCUGAGCUUCGAAGUAUCUUCAUACGCCCACCCUUCAUGUAUGAUGCCAGCAGAAAGUUCACAAUGCCGAUAGCGCUUGGUGGUUUUAUUGGAUCGCAAGUCAACGCACUUGUGGGUAAUAGACUCGAUUUCCUCGGUACAAUGGUGGAUAAGCCUUUUCAGGUUGAUAUGGUAGCGGAGGCCGUUGUCGAGGCAAUGGAAGAUGAUUCUGUUCGCGGUGCUGUUGGAACAAAGAAAAUGGAAGCCCUAGCGACCAAAGCAUGGAGGAAGAGCAUGCUUUGA